UUAAUAACAAGUUUUAUUUUCAGUUAGGAAUAUUUACAUAUAAUGUCAUGGAAGUACUUAAUAAGUGUCUUUAAGUAAGUGACGAUGUAUCAAUAUCUACAGGGCUCAAAUAACUAACAAUGAUGAGGUUUGUUGUGUAUAAUUAGAACGAGUUAACGCCCUCAGCCAGCCUACGUCUCAACAACAGAAGACAUGAAACUGAUUUGAUAACGAACGAAAUACGAAGGAUUAUAACCGAGUCUCGUGAGAAUAUCCGGUAUUUGAAAACGGUCCGAUCGGUGGGACUGUCAUUAAAACAUAAUUACUCGGUCUAGAUAAAUAAAGCGACUCGGCUUGGCAUUCAAGUCUUCAAUCUAAAGAUCUUCAGUAAGAGAUGUUUGGAAAAUUCACUAUGACAACCAUAUUUCUGAUAUUUUUGUGUCUUGCUGUCUGCUUUGUACAGCAGGCAGAGGGCUUGGUGGGUAUGAACUGUAAUGAGACCAGCCAAUGUGAGCCAGGAGAGUGCUGCCAAAAGUUAAAUCAAGUUAUGGUGGUGAGCAGGCGAUUUGCUGACUUUUUUGGCCAGGAGAAGCCCAAACUGCCUGGAGUCUGUGCUCAAUACAAGCGGCUGGGCGCUACUUGUUUUACGUUUGACAAACGAAACGGCUACUGUGAUUGUGAGCCAGGAACAGAAUGCCAGACACACAAAUUGACACUAAAGAAUAGAAGGUUCUCACGAUCUUUACCUCAAUGGAGUGUUAUGAAAUGCAGUAAAACAGAAACACCCACUAAGAUAACUGAGCUCAGUUAAAGAAUGAAUUGAUAUGUAUGAGUUUAACUCCUAAAGAAAGCUAGAAAAUUAUAGAUGUAAAAAAAAUACAUCCAUAAUUCUUCAUGGUAGGUACGGAGUAAAAAGUAAAUAAAACUAUU